AUGUAUGCUUUUUUUUUUUGUAUUCAUGCCCCGUGUUCUCUCCCCUUUUACGCCAGCUUCAUUUCCCUCUGUGCAUGCGUCAUGUCCCCAUUGGUGUUGUGGGUUUUGCUCUUUUUCUUUUGUUUUUUUCCUUUGCACCCCACGCAGGUGUCUCCGGCGCACGCGUCAGCAACAGCGAAGAUGGUGCUUCCUACCCGCCAGGCCGUUGACCGACGCUCCCGCAAGGGCUGCAAGAAGCACCGCCCCGAGAUCAUCGUCGUGGACCUUAAGGACCACGUGCUGGGGCGUGCUGCCGCCAUCGUCGCAAAGCAGCUUCUGCUCGGCAAGAAGAUUACCGCGGUGCGUUGCGAGCAGCUGACGAUUGCAGGAACGGAAAUCCGCAACAAGAUCAAGUACCUGCAGUUCCUUCGCAAGCGGAAGCUGUCAAACCCGAAACUCGGUCCUUUCCACCACCGCAGCCCCUCCGACAUUUUUCUUCGCACGGUGCGUUCAAUGCUACCCCGCUACACCAAGCGCGGUCAGAAGGCCCUGCGCCAGCUGGUCGCGUACGAGGGCAUUCCCACGAACGUUGUGCGCACCGGUGGCCGUGUGGUCAUCCCCAAGGCGCAGCGACACUACUGCUACCGCAGUGAGCGUCCCUACACGGUGCUGGGGAACAUGUGCAAGCACGUUGGCUGGAAAUACAGCGAUGUUGUAAAGAAGCUUGAGACAGCCCGUGUGGAGAAGGCAACCCGCCACCACAAGAAGACGGAGAAGUUGCGCGCCGCCUGGAAGUCUGCGCGCAAGGAGGCUCUCUCGAAGGUCUCCAAGAAUAACUUGGAGGUGCUGAAGAAGUUUGGCUACGCGUAG